GCCCCAACUUAUUUUUUUGGGCUUAUUUGCCAACCAACACUCAAAAAAGCUGAAAACAGCCUAUAUACAACAGCUUAUUAUAAGCUGUUUUCAGCAACUUACAAGCUAAGCCAACCGGGCUCUUAGUCCCUUUUUUCUUUGAAUUCUGUGGUCCCAAUGACUUGUAAAUUCUCAUCACAAUCAGAAGAUAUUCAUCUUCAACACAUUAAAGUGUAAAGCAGCAGUAGCUUGCUACAAGAAUAAAUAUUCCCACAUAUUCACAUUAUUAAUUUAUGCCACAUGUUUAACCGACAAAAGUUUUCUUGCAUUUAUUCGUUAACUGCAGCUUCAAUUUCAUACUGCAUUAUUAAUGCAUAUAUUAAGCUUCACCUACUGAUACUCUCAUGCAAUGCAAAAGAGUAGGUUGCUACUAUUAGAGAUGAGUAUCGUCUCUCGAUUUCUUCUUGGUUACUAUAUGGAGGUUCCAUCGAACCCUAAGAGCAUCUCGAGCCAGUCCUACAAUGGCGACUUGAUUUCAAAUAGCUCCUGUUUGCUAAUAGUUCUUGCUGCUCUGCUACGUUUGCUGCUAUGUGCCCUUGGGCUGAGGACAAUCAUACGUUGUGUUUUACGACACAAUGGAAGAUUUCCCUGUGAGUCUUCAGAAGCUGCAGCUGCACGUUUGACAUCAAAUGGAUUGGAAAGGGAUGAGUUGAGACAGAUACGGGUUUUAGUUUAUGAGCCAGGACGAAAGAUGAUUUCUGUCAUGGCGUGUCCAAUAUGCCUUGGAGAAUUUCACCAGGGAGAAAGUUGCCAAGAAGUCAUCAUGGUUUCCUUGUUAAGUGCAUUGACUAAUGGUUUUCCUCGCAUUCAUCCUGUCCAACUUGCAGGCAACUAUUUUCAUCGUGUCAUGGCCGGAGAACCAAGAUUUAGGAAGGCUUCGAAUUGAACUGAAGAGUAGCCCUUUAUACGGGAAGAAAAGCAUUUUCUUUUUUGGUUUCCCACCUGGUGUUGGGUAACGGCAUUGAGUCCCGAUUUAUCCAGAUUCGCUUUGCAUAAGGCCCAUUUAAGGGGAAAUGCUCCCUACCAGGAGGGCUGUGGUGGGAAGAAAAGUCAUUAUACUGAAUGCUGAAUCUAAAAGUUAAUGGCAGCACUUUUUUUUUAUUGUGUUCUAGCUUGAAAUGUUCUUGAACAUCAGCUCAACAGUUAGACUAAUGUCCAGUUUUUUAAAUCACUGGAUACAAAUUGCAAGCAAUAUUUACUGCUAGUACCUCUUUGUGA